CCAACCGCAUCACGUCACUCACCACAUCCCUCUCCGCACCCAUCGCAACCAUGCUCUCCGGCAUUCAAAAUGUGCGGCAAAACGCCAUACAGAUCCUCAAUUUCGGGCUGGUCCUGAGCACCGCCUUUAUGAUGUGGAAAGGUCUCUCCGUUCUCACCAACUCCCCCAGCCCGAUCGUGGUCGUUCUCAGUGGAUCCAUGGAACCUGCGUUCCAGCGUGGCGAUCUCCUCUUCCUUCGGAAUACGCAGCCGUCGUUGAAUGUCGGUGAGAUUGUGGUGUAUCAGGUCAAGGAUAAGGAUAUUCCGAUCGUGCAUCGGGUGGUGAGGCAGUUUGGGGAGGGACCACAAUCCAAACUCCUCACAAAAGGCGACAACAACAUCGCCGACGACACGGAACUCUACGCGCGCGGACAAGAUUAUCUCGAUCGAGAGGAUGUCGUGGGCAGUGUGUUUGGGUAUAUUCCGUUUGUGGGGUAUGUGACGAUUCUCCUGUCGGAGCAUCCGUGGUUGAAGACGGUCAUGUUGGGGGUUAUGGGGGUGUUGGUGCUUUUGCAGAGGGAAUAAUAAAAUUAUGGUGUUUGUGUUUUUUCUUUUUUCUCUUUUUCAAUGGGAUUUGUUAUUUGUGUUGGUUGAUAUGGGUUGGGUUGGGUUCGGAAUUUAUUGUUUGUUUGUGUUUCUGAGAUUAGGAGUUGAGAUUGGG